AUGGCGCCCGUUGUUACGGGGAAGUUUGGUGAGCGUUCUCAGCCUCAGCGUUUGACAAGGGAGGCUAUGAGGAAUUACUUGAAGGACAAAGAUGAUCAAACAGUGCUAAUACUACAUGCAAAAGUUGCCCAAAAGUCAUAUGGCAAUGAAAAAAGGUUUUUCUGCCCUCCGCCCUGUGUGUACCUGCUGGGCAGUGGCUGGAAAAGGAAGUUGGAGAUUAUGGAGAAGGAGGGUUGCACGGAGCAGGAGGCUCAGCCAUGUGCAUUCAUCGGGAUAGGCAACAGUGAGCAGGAGAUGCAACAGCUCAAUCUGGAGGGGAAGCACUUCUGCACGGCUAAGACGCUGUACAUCAGUGACUCGGAUAAAAGGAAACACUUCAUGCUCUCUGUGAAGAUGUUAUACGGAAACAGCGCCAACAUAGGAGUCUUCCUCAGCAAGAGGAUCAAGGUCAUCUCAAAGCCCUCCAAGAAGAAGCAGUCCUUGAAAAAUGCAGAUUUGUGUAUAGCUUCGGGGACUAAGGUGGCGUUGUUCAAUCGUCUCCGUUCCCAAACGGUCAGCACCAGGUAUCUUCAUGUGGAGGGUGGAAACUUUCAUGCCAGCUCCCAACAGUGGGGUGCCUUCUACAUCCACCUCUUGGACGAUGAGGAGUCUGAGGGGGAGGAGUUUGCUGUGAGAGAUGGUUACAUCCAUUAUGGCCAGAUGGUGAAGUUGGUCUGUUCUGUUACUGGCAUGGCCCUGCCCAGACUGGUCAUUCGCAAAGUCGACAAACAGAUGGCAUUAAUGGAUGCAGAUGACCCAGUGUCUCAGCUGCACAAGUGUGCCUUCUACCUGAAAGACACAGAAAGGAUGUACCUCUGUCUCUCACAGGAGAGGAUCAUCCAGUUCCAGGCCACACCGUGCUCCAAAGAGACAAACAAAGAUAUUAUCAACGAUGGGGCUUCCUGGACUAUUAUUAGCACCAACAAGGCAGAGUACACCUUUUAUGAGGGCAUGGGUCCCGUCCCCACACCGGUCACACCUGUUCCUGUGGUGGAAAGUCUGCAGUUAAACGGUGGAGGAGAUGUGGCGAUGUUGGAACUGACAGGACAGAACUUCACCCCUAACCUCAGAGUGUGGUUUGGAGAUGUGGAGGCUGACACCAUGUACAGAUGUGGAGAGAGCAUUCUGUGUGUGGUGCCGGACAUUUCUGCCUUCAGGGAGGGCUGGCGCUGGGUGAGGCAGCCGGUGCAGGUCCCUGUCACACUGGUCCGCAACGAUGGAAUCAUCUAUGCCACUGCCCUCACCUUCACCUACACCCCUGAACCUGGGCCGCGACCCCACUGCAGUGCUGCUGGCGCAAUUCUGCGCUCACACAGCACCUCUUCAUCAUCACCGGCGUCUUCCUCUUCGCCAUCAUCCUCGCUGGGUGGGCUCGGGGAGGUCCAGGUGGCUUACAACAGUAUUGACUCAGGGAUGUCAUCAGGAGCGUCCACCAUGUCAGUGCUUUCGUAGUAACACCUAUCGUGUGUGUGUGUGUUGUUUUGAGUGAAUGAGAUAGAAAAUGGGGGCACAUACUUUCCAAAGAGGAUCAUGGACCUUUGAAGAGCUGCACAGGAACUCUUCAUGACAGAGCAGCUGUGGAAUCAUGAGGAAAGAAAAAGUCACCUUCACUGACGUACUUGGGAUUACUGACUCCUCUCUUUAGCUCUAUCUUGUGGUUCAUUGUGGACACGACAUACGCCCCAAUCUGAGAAGCUUGAUAUCUCAAAACUUCACUUAAAAGAAGAUGAAUCUGCCAACAGACCUGAUUUGUAAAAAAAAAAAAAAAACAUGUUUGUACUGUGGGGAUUUUUCUGUUGUGUGUAAGGGAAACAUUUUGUUGUAAGAGUAACAUAGUUUUUACGGACCAAGAAAUAUUAUUAUAUUAUUUUAUUCAUAUUAUAUUUUAUAAACUUUUGCUAAGGUACAUUAUGACAUUUGCAUAGUAAGUUCACUUUUGUUACCAAAUAGAGUUUUGUCUCAAUUAAGGGUUUAAGGUGGAAACGGCUUUUAGUGAGUCUCUAAUAGUCUGACACCGCACCUCUAGUUUUAAUAUCCACUGGUGUGUUUUGGAACUUGAUACCCAAAUUCAUGCUUAUUAACAGAACUUUUCACAAUUCCACAUGCUGUAUAAAAAACAAAUGAUCCGACUGUGUUUUUAAGUAGGCACUUUAGAGAAUGAAAACGCGUAUGGUAUCUGGCCCCAGUUAUUCUCUUAGAUCUUCUGUGAUCGGUCUCUUUACAUCCAGAUGGCCCUUUUUGAUUAGUGUAGUGUAUUUGAUAAUAUAUUACACUAUCAGUGUUCCGUAAGACCAGGGUCUAGAUUUUCUAAUCAACGAGCUGUUUUCAUACCAGUAAACUGCAUCAAAACAAAAGUACUAUAUUCCCAGAGGAGAAAGUAAUUGAACAAAGAAAGAAUGUCUAAACUGUCUUUAAUGUGACUUUUUACUCUUUUAUAUCUUGAUUUUAAGAAGCCUUAAGAGUCCUUUUGUGCUUACAUGUUGGAAGACGAGCUUUAACACCAUCUGGAGCUUGUAGUUUACCUGUAACAGCUCAGUAUCCCUGCUGGGACUGAGCUGUGUCUGCUGCAGAUACAGUAGAUCUAACUUCAGUACAAUCAUCUGUGCUUGUGCUUUGAGUCUUCUGUGAUGAGACGAUGGCUUGUCCAGACUCAGAUUCUCCACCUGCCUUGUUUAGAAAGUAAAAAUGUAACUGUGAACUGAUGUACUGAGCAGUUUAUCUUGCCUUAAAACCACUACCUGCAGUACCUGACUCACAAAGUGCCCUGAUUUCCAUCACUCUGUUUGAAUCAUACUCUGUCGUGUUUAAAUAAUUGGCAUGAAAGUCAGUAAAUGUGGCUGGUGGGCCAACUUUUUGCUUCAGUUGUAACAUAUGUGUUUUCACGGUGCUAAUGGAUUUAUUGUUGUAUAGUUUUCAGUAUUUACAUCACAAAAAUCCAGCGGCACGUCCUCAGUGGUGCCAUCGAACUCCACCUGAGAGGCCUUUGUGUCCACUCCACCAUCUUCCUUCCCUGCACAGUAGUUGUAUUAUAGGAUCACACCGUAGAUGAGGUCAAGCUCGUCUCAUAACUGAUGUACAAACAUUUCAUGAGAUUCUGUUACUGUAGAUUUCAGUAUUUCAACUGCUUCUGCAGAGGUGGAUGUGUCUUUGUAAUUUGUACACCUUAUAAAAAUCUUUGCUUAUUUCAAAGAAUUGAAUUAUUGGUCACACGUGUAGAUCCACAGUCUACCCGGUCUUUGUGACUGUGCCUUGCUGUUAUGUCUUGUCCAGUUAAGUAAACGGUUAGUACACGUACUGUGAGUUCAGCUGUAAUCCAGCAUGUUAAAACAACCUCAUCAUGUCAUCUGACUUUAUGAGCAUUUACAUUGAUCUUGUGUCUUUACUCUCACAUCCUGCCUUUUGUCCUCACUCUUUACCUUCCCUCCUCCCUCUGUCUAUCCUUCCCUCUAUCUGCGGAGGUUCUUCAGUGAGAGGUCAAGAAUAAAAAUGAGCUGAAGC